UAUUGCUUUAACUUUUAAAAUGAUCCCUACCAACAUCUUAUAGGGUUUCUUUCCAAGGUCCCCAAAACCCCAUAUCCGCCACUGGAUUGAACUCAUACUCUACAGUUCUUCAAAUUCCUCUCAAAUUCAGCUCUUUUGAGCCUUUUCAAGCUAUAAAGGCUUAAACUUUAAGCUUUUCAAUAACUGUAAGUACUCUUUUCUUUAUGUUCCUUUAUAAUUAGAGCGCAAAGAUUGUAGCUUUCACUGUUAUUUUGAUUGAAUUUAAGAUCAAAUAAGUAUUUAUCAAUUUGGGUUUUUGAGAUUUUGUGAGUUAGAGAAGGAAUAAUUCUAUGGGGAAAUCUGGAGGUAGGAAAAAGAAGGGAAGUGGUGCUGGUGCUAACCAAGCAUUAAAAGGGGGAAAUAAUGGUAAUACAAACUCAGUAGCAACCCCAAAUGCUAAUGGGGGAAUUGAUUUAAACUCUUUAAUAUUUUUGAAGAGAGCCCAUGAGCUUAAAGAAGAAGGGAACAAGAGGUUUCAAAAUAAGGACUUUGCAGGUGCUCUCGAUCAAUAUGACAAUGCUCUUCGCUUGAUUCCCAAAACACACCCUGACCGUGCUGUAUUUCAUAGCAACAGGGCUGCAUGCUUGAUGCAAAUGAAGCCUAUUGAUUAUGAGACUGUUAUUACUGAGUGUACUAUGGCACUUCAAGUGCAGCCUCAGUUUGUCAGGGCUCUUCUUAGGAGGGCUCGGGCAUACGAGGCUAUUGGUAAGUAUGAAAUGGCUAUGCAGGAUGUUCAGGUUUUGUUAGGAGCUGAUCCGAAUCACCGUGAUGCAUUGGAUAUUGCUCGGAGAUUAAGAACUGCAUUUGGUCCUCGCCAAGAGGCUCAGCAGGACCUCCAGAGUCGCCCAUCCCCUGCUGCCUUAGGGGCAUCUGCAGUGCGUGGUGCUCCAAUUGCUGGUCUUGGGCCUUGUUUACCAGCCCGACCGGUAUCAAAGAAGGCUGCUGCACCAUCUGGGGUAUCCCUUGUAUCACCUAUUAAUAAGAUGGAAAAGCCUCUGAUGAAUUCGGUGAGUGAAAAUGGUCCUGAGACCAAAAACCAGUUGCCCAAGCUUGUGUUGAAGCCUUCAAGUGGUUCUUCAAAAGCUUCUGCCAAUCCAGGAAAGGAUAGACAGGGAAAGGGAUCCUUAUCUUCCUCAGUGUCACUGCCUAGACAGGUUUCAGAGGUGCCAGUUCGAUUAAGACCAUUGAAACUUGUCUAUGACCAUGACAUAAGGCUAGCACAGAUGCCAGUUAAUUGUACCUUUAAAGUAUUAAGGGAGAUAGUGAGCAAGCGUUUUUCGUCAUCCAAGUCAGUUUUGAUUAAAUACAAAGAUACUGAUGGUGAUUUGGUGACUAUAACAUGCACAACCGAACUCAGACUAGCAGAGUCCUCUGUAGACAGCCUUUUGGUAAAGGAGCCUGGUACAGAUAAAACUGAUUCGGUUGGGAUGCUGAGAUUGCAUGUUGUUGAGGUGAGUCCAGAGCAAGAGCCACCUUUAGUGGAAGAAGAGGAGGAGGAGGAGGAGGAGGAGGAGAAGCCUCCUGAGAGCGAGGAGAACAAAGGAGAUGAAAGUGGGUCUCAUUCAUCACUCGGUGAAUCUGUGUCAGAAGUGAUUGAUACUGAAAUUAAUAAGGCAGAGAAAGAAACUACAAAGGAGAAACUAGAAGCCUCAGGAGAUCCUGAAAGCAGGGAAGUAGAGAUGGAUGAUUGGUUGUUUGAGUUUGCUCAGUUAUUUCGCACCCAUGUUGGUAUUGAUCCAGAUGCUCAUAUUGACUUGCAUGAGAUUGGGAUGGAGCUGUGUUCAGAGGCUCUCGAGGAAACAGUAACAAGUGAAGAAGCUCAAAGCCUUUUCGACAAGGCUGCCUCAAAGUUCCAGGAGGUGGCUGCUUUGGCUUUUUUCAAUUGGGGAAAUGUCCAUAUGUGUGCAGCAAGGAAACGCAUACCCUUAGAUGAGUCCGCUGGAAAGGAGGUUGUGUCUGCACAGCUUCAAACAGCUUAUGAAUGGGUUAAGGAUAAAUAUUCUUUGGCCAGAGAAAAGUAUGAGGAAGCGCUGUUGAUCAAGCCAGAUUUCUAUGAGGGUUUGCUGGCGCUGGGGCAGCAGCAAUUUGAAAUGGCCAAGCUUCAUUGGUCAUUUGUGCUUGCUAAGAAAAUAGAUCUUUCGAGCUGGGACUCUGCGGAAACGCUUAAACUCUUUGACAGUGCAGAUGAGAAGAUGAAAGUGGCUACUGAGAUGUGGGAGAAGAUGGAGGAACAGAAAGCAAAUGAGCUAAAAGAUCCAAAUGCAAGCAAGAAAGAUGAAAUGUUGAGAAGAAGGAAGAAACAAGGAAGUAAUGUUGAGGGUGAGUCCUCUGAAAGUGGUGCUCAGGGUGAGAUUUCACCAGAGGAAGCAGCUGAACAAGCAGCAGUAAUGAGAUCACAGAUACAUCUCUUCUGGGGUAACAUGCUUUUUGAGCGAUCCCAAGUUGAAUGCAAAUUAGGAAUGGAUGAUUGGAAAAGAAAACUCGAUGCUGCAGUUGAGCGCUUUAGGCUUGCUGGAGCCUCUGAAGGUGACAUUUCAAUGGUUCUGAAGAACCAUUGCUCCAACGGAGAUGCAGCGGAAGGAGAUGACAAGAAGGUUCAGAAUUCAAACACUGAUAAUGUUAAUGAAGCUGAUAAGAGUGAGGAGGUAAAUAAAGUAUGAUGGAAGUGAUGUAGACUGAUGUUUCUUUAGCGUGCAAUGGCAUCGAUGAAUAACCUCCUUGUGUUCUUAUUAAUCAUCAUGAACUGGGGUGGGGGUUCUUCUCUCAGCUGGAGGAUAAACAGCAGUGUUCCUCUGCAGAUGUUUGCAUUGCAAGGUCUCCAUGUAACCUUGGAGGUGAUUUUUUUUCCCUGUUCGCAUACCAAUGAGUUUUCCAUAAACAAUUUUAUGUUCCUAGGGUUUUUGACAUUAGUGUGGUCAUAUAAUCAAUUCUUGAUUUUGUGGAACUUGGCUCAUUCAAUUGCCUAGAGUUGUUGCGCUUUAA